AUUAAACCAGAAGUUCAGGUGUGACGUCUUUCAAAGGUGUAUGUUUUUACCUGUCCGAUUGUAACAAAGUUUUUUUUUUAUUCGAGUUUCGUAAAGAAACACGUGAAAAUUUUACCAAGUAAUUUAUUCAUCCGACUCUUAAUUAAAACAUAAAACGAAUUAAACAGAAAACGAACCAAAUCAUUAAUUAUGUUACCAUCAAUUAAAAUGUCGACCAGUUUGAAGUUUUUACUCAUCGUACUUCUCAUAAACAGAGCCUCUUCCCUGACCUGUCAUAUGUGUACCACCCUUGGGACAUCCGAUUGUUUGGAUAAGUUCACUGAACCCCAGAGUGGUGAUUGUGAGGAAGGAGAAAACAAAUGUGUCAAAUACAAGACUUAUGCUGUUAUGCGUGACACUGGAUCUAUGUGGUCGGAAAACACAGUGGUAUCCGCUGUAACCCGAGGAUGUAUAGAAACUGACGAAAAGGAUUCCUGCAGAAGAACCAUCAUCCACGGAGGCUACCAUGACCUUUGUAUUUGCAGUGGGGAUGACUGCAAUGCCGCCUCUGCCAAAUCAACCCAUUUCUUUCUCCUCUUUUACUUCACUCUCACUUUUCUGCUACAGUUUCUCAUCUGAAAUGUUUCAAUUCCUCACCAUUUGUAGAGUUAGGUUUUUUUCUGUUUUAAUUGUUUUGCUAUUGUCCAGUAAUCCAAAUCCCUUGGAAUGGAAACAAAAAUUCCUUGUAUCUGUCUGAGUUAUGAAGAUCACUAUUUCAAUAUU